AUGGCCACACAAGCCUUUUUAAGCUUCUUCUCUCCUCUCCCCUCGCCUUCUCCCUCCCCCAACCAUCCGCCGCCGGUUACUGCCGAGGAAAGCGUCGCCCUCUGCCUCUUCAACCUCGCCGCCGGAGGCAGCUGUAUAAUGAGCCAGCCUUCUGUUCCUCUGUAUCAAUGCUCUGUUUGCGGAAAGACUUUCUCUUCCUACCAGGCGCUCGGCGGCCACAAGUCGAGCCACCGGCGACUCGCCGCGCCGGGAGAGCCGGGCCGGGCGGACAGGCCGGCUGGGCCAACUGUCGGCGAGUCAAAUGGAAGUGGAGCCCACCAGUGUUCUUUGUGUAUGAGGCGGUUUCAGACAGGUCAGGCCCUCGGUGGGCAUAAGCGGCUGCAUUAUUGGGAGGCGGCGGCGGCGCCGUCGUCUUCUUUCAUUUCGGUCAACGUGCGGGUGUUCGACUUGAACUUGCCGCCAGAGGAGGAGGAGGAGAUUCAGAGUCCUCUACUGAGGAAGAAGAUUAGGCUAUCUGAUUAG